AUGGCGAGCACUGCUCAAACCUCUUGGACCAACCAGACAGUUGACCUCCUGCGGAACAACCCGCACGUCGAUUGCCAACCCGUCUUGAAGGAGUUGGUUCCCGACUCCAUCAAAAACGGCAUCCGCUUUGUCUCGCAGCAAAGCAAAGCGACGGAAGGCGUACGAGCAGUGCGCUUGGAUGCUUGGUACUACAUCAGGCGCCUCAAUGCUUCGGAGGUUCUGAAGGCCCUGCGAGCGACAGGAUUCGGUUCAGAGGAGUUGAAGAAGAAAGUAGAGCAGACCAUGCAGGUUCAGAAGGUCUACCAUGUCGUGAUUCGCGGCAACGACCCGAAGUUCAUGCCUUUGGGCAAGUGUGAUGGACAGGAUGUCGUAACGAACUACUGUUGCGAGCAGCUGUCGGCCAUUUCAGAGCAAGUGGACCGCCUCCUUUUCGAAGAGAUCGCAGAGCCCCCAAGCAUCCAAGAGGCAAUGGCCAACCCUGUCUUCGACCAGAUGUUGGAGCACUACUUCCUCUGCGGAAAGCAUGACAAGGAGGAAGAAACUCUCCAUGUUGUGAGCCGCUUCCGGGGUGGAGGGAACUUGCUGCACACCUGCAUCAAGGAGGGUCACCUGCCCACAUUGAGGCUGCUUCUGGACCACUUCACCGUGGAAUCUCAACCUCGGACUCGAUGGAGAGCCUUGGCCGAACCUCUGCGCCCAGUUGGGAAGUACAAGUGUUCGGCCUUUCAUCGGGCCGUAUACGAUGGCCGCCCAGACUGUCUCAAAGAGUUGGUCGACUGGGCGCGGCAUCAUGGGCAUGACAUAACACAGCUCCGCAACGUCGAGGAGAGUGACAUUUUGGGAGCCCAGCGUGGCUUAACCUGCCUGGAGCUAUCCGAGCAAGAGGGCAAUCUGGCUUGCUACAACAUUCUUGCGCCACUGUUCAACGUGCCGGCUAAGGACAGCGGUGCUGAUGCAAACCCACGCGAAGCCCGCAUGGCGGAGAGGUUGUUGCCCAGAGUGGAGCUGGCCGCAGAUGAGCAGACUCUGCAGGCUCACCCCAUGAACCCGGAGAGCCUGAACUGGGAGGCUGUGUUGGUUGCCAUCUCAGGUCUAAAGGUGAAGGAAAGCAGCGCCCGGGAUCCCCAUCAGAUGGUGAUCAGGUUGCAGAACCUUUCUUUGGAUGAUGAUGCCAGUGAGCAGCUGGCGGACCAGAUUCUGGGAGAGGCGAAGGGCAUGGCGGCCCUGGAAGCCAAUUUGUGCACCUGGAAGACAGACAAGACUGCCCUCAGCUUUCUGGCAGCCGUGGUGAAGCGCCUUGACGGCGAGUCUUCCGAGCAUCUCCCACCGCGCAUGCCGCGGAAGGUGGACAUUUCCUCCCCAACGGCAGAGGAUUUGCCGGUUGAGGAAGAGUCUUCGGUGGACGAGCAGGCCUGCACGUUGCUGCAUCAAUUCGUAGGGUCCUGCGGCAAGUGGCCGGAGUUUCUGGGAGCUCGCAACGGCCUCAUCAGCCGUAAGCAGGGCUUGCGAGUGGCACAACGGGAUGCCCAAAGUCAUGCAGCCACCGUGGCUGCCAUCUAUGCUACGCGUGUGAAUGCAUUCCUGGGCUACAUCCCUGGUGAUCUGGAGGAUGAGGGCCUUGGCGAGUGGCUUCGGAAGAGGCAGCUUAUGCCUGUUGCACGAGCCGUGUUCGAGCGAUUCUUCAACCUCGACAAGCUGUUACUGCUGGAGCCGCAGGACGCAGGCCAGGCCCUUGAGCCUGCCGUAGUGCCCUUCUUGAAGAUGACCUUGGCGGCCUGGUUUGCCACGGUUCCGGCCACAGCUUCUGCAGACACAUGGCUUCUUUGGGCUGAGACACGGGGCUCGGAGGAAGACGUGCUGAAAAAGCAGCUGGCUCCGGCACUGGAUCUUGCGCUUGAAGCCCUCCUGCGCAUGUGGAAGGCCCUGGACCCUGUGUGCAAGCAGCCCUCAUCGACUCUCUUGGGUGUCACUUCCUUGGGGCAGCUGGUGCGAAGUUGCGUUCCGCCACACCUCCUCAGCCGCUUGCCUUUGACCCAGGCCCGCUUGGAAAAGCACUGGCCGAACCUGAUCCAGGCUCCCAAGAAGAAGCUGAGCCUCCUCACACAGACGUCAGCUUUAAAGCCAUGCUUGCCGUCUGGGGGCUACUCGGGCCACUAG